UCAUGUCAACAAGACAACAAUGAUACGGUGUGAAGAGAUCAAUUUGGUUGCUGUGCAGGUCAGCAACACUAGUCUCACUGACGGUUACUGUUGGGCCCAUUUUUUGUGGUUUGGUAAGUCUAAAUUGGCAAACUCUUGGAGAUGCUCUAAUAUUUCACUUGCCAUUUAUUUUACGGAGUUGCCAAACAUCACAAUUUGGCAAGCUAGAAAUAGCAAACUCUUGGAGAUGCUCCAAAGUGGGCCGGGCUGCGCUACCAACCCCACAAGCCCACUAGAGCGAUCAGAUAUCAGGGCGAAACGAGAAAAAAAAGAGAGCAGAGCGAUCACGAGCAUAGCGUGCGUAAUGGCGGCGUCCGACUCCGACGGCGCCGGCGACGGCGACGGCCACCGCCGUUUCGACGUGAUCGUGGUGGGAGCGGGCAUCAUGGGCAGCUGCGCGGCGUACGCGGCGGCCUCCCGCGGCGCGCGCGUGCUGCUGCUGGAGCGUUUCGACCGCCUCCACGUCCGCGGCUCCUCGCACGGCGAGUCCCGCGGCACCCGCUCCACCUACGCGAAGGCUUACUACGCGCCCAUGCUGCGCCUGGCGCGCCGCCUCUGGGACGAGGCCCAGGCCGAGGCUGGGGACCGCGUGCUCACGCCCACGCCUCAACUCGAUUUGGGCCCGCGGGACGACCCGGCGCUUCUCGCCGCCGUCAGGAAUGGCGGCGCCACCGUGGUCGGCGAGGGCUCGGCCUGGCCGGGGGCCGGCGUGUUCAGGGUGCCCGAUGGGUGGAUGGCGGCGGCGAGCGAGCUCGGUGGGGUGAUACAGGCGACCAAGGCGGUUAAGAUGUUCCAGGAUCUUGCCAGCAAGAAGGGCGCCGUCGUGAAGGACAGGACGGAGGUGAUCGAUGUCACGAAGCGAGAUGGAUCAAUCCUGGUGAAGACAAAGAGUGGUGAGGAAUUCCAUGGAGCAAAAAGUAUCAUAACGGUCGGUGCCUGGACGAGCAAGCUGGUGAGGUCGGUCACCGGCAUGGAUCUGCCUGUGCAACCAUGGCACAGCCUCCUGUGUUACUGGAAGGCGAAGCCCGGCCGCGAGCGAGAGCUGACCCCGGAAGCCAGCUUCCCAACGUUCGGGAGCUACAGCGACCCCAUCAUCUACGGCACCCCGUCGAUGGAGUUCCCGGGCCUGAUCAAGAUCGCCAUGCACGGCGGGUCACCGUGCGAUCCGGACAGCCGCCGUGGCGACAUGACCACGGACGACGACGCUGCCCUGGUGGAGCCCGUGUCGCGGUGGAUCCGAGACUUCAUGCCGGACCACAUCGACACCGUGGAGCGGCCGCUCAAGGCAGUGCCGUGUAUGUACUCCAUGACCCCCGACGAGGACUUCGUUAUGGACUUCUUGGGCGGUGAUUUCGGGAAGGAUGUUGUCGUCGGCGCCGGGUUCUCCGGCCACGGAUUCAAGAUGGCACCGGCCGUUGGAAGGAUCUUGGCCGAGAUGGCUAUGGACGGGGAGGCGGGCACCGCUGUGGGGGCUGGUUUGGAGCUCGGGUACUUCAGCAUUGACAGGUUUGUGGACAACCCGAAGGGGAACCUCAAGGGUUCUUGAGAUUGUUAAUGCAGGAUGAACACCGUGCCCUGCUGGGGAUCCUACCUCCAACAGUCUUUAGAGUUAUCUCAAUACAAGCUCUCCUUCCAUGAAUCAUGUGUCAAAGUCUGUUCACUGUGAUAAUCUUUUGAACAUGGCAUUGUGAGACUUUCUAUAUACCUCCAUUAUGUUUCUCGAGUCUUGCAAAA